ACGUGAGUGUUACUCCGCCAAUUGACAGUCUGUUCCCAACCCUGAGAGUGAGACCCUGUUUUGUAUAAAAGACCAUCUGCUUUUGAGUAAGAAGUUGGGAGGACAUACAGCUGCGUAUUUGAGAUCUUUGAUUUUUUUCAUAGCAGUUACGCAAGCAGGCUCAACUGCGCAUGUCGGUGGCAAAAGACAAACUCCAGUGUCGAUCAGAACUAAUCCCUUGCUAAAGAACCAUGUCGGUGCUGACAGGAGUGCUGCUGGACGUGUCCGGUUCUAUGGAGCGGAGUAUUGGUGGACGGGUGGACCAGAAGGGGGGAAGCUGGGCCAGGUCCAUUUUUAAAGUGGUGGAUGACCUCAUAAAGAACGACGUCUCCAAGUCCAACAGUGUGUUCACUAUAGGAGUUGGAGGAUCCUCCGGAACAGGAGUAUUUGACAUGUUAAAUACACUUAAGAACUCUAAACCCUCCAAACCCUCUGGUCGCAGUAAAGAGGAGAUUCUUGAGCAAGCACUGAGAAUCCUUGAAACAAAUGGUGCACCUAGAGUUCGCACAUGGGCUAAAAUGAAUGUCUUACUCGAUGCUGUUAGUUAUGACAAUGCAGAACUGAUUUUGAACAAGUUGAAGCAUGACCCAAGCUUCAGCAGAACAUUUAUAAAUGAUUGUUUGCCAGAGCAGUGUAGGUUCUUCAGACACAGCGUUGAUUCAUAUGUACAAGAAGGUCUAUUUGGCGGUAUGCGUGUUUUGAAUUUCAUUGGAUUACCUGCACAGGAGUUUGCUACUCGUGAUUCAAUCACAGAGGUGAUUGAAAAGGGAAUGGAGCUGGUAAAGAAUAGUGUCUUGGCCAGCAUUGGACAAGCAGCAGUCAUGGAGGUACAGGAGGCUCAUGAAAUACUCCACGGCUGUGUGGGAGAUGCAGAGCUCUCUGAUGGGCGAGUAGAUGAGCUCAUGGAAGCUGUGAAGCCAUUUAUAUUUGGUGGCACUCCACUGAUUAAGGCCUUAAACCAUGCCAGGGAUUUCUUUGCCCUCUCAAAAUAUCAGGAACACCACAAGCUGCUCUUUGUGCUGUCUGAUGGCAUGCCAGCUGAUGGGAACAACCCACCAAGCAAAGCGUUAUCUGAUCUGGGUGUUACAACAGUCUGCUGCUUCAUCACUGAUCGAUCCAUAUCUGAUCCAUUAAGGCUAUAUAGCAUCGCAGACCAGAGCUGGGAAGGCCCUGCGAAGUUCAUGUUUCGACUGAGCUCUACUCUACAAACCCAGCUGAUACCACGAACAGUUUUUGUAAAGAGAGGGUGGAGAAUCGACACAACAAAUAAUGAAACCAGACUCUUCUGGCAGGUCAACCACCCUGAUAUCGUCUCAGAUGUCUGUGACCUCGCAAGGAACGUAGUCUGUUGCCAAGAUGCACUGGCAGACGUCCUAGCAACUGUUUCUCUGGAUCUCUACAUCAACCAGGCCAACCAGGGCUUUGGUGCCAAGGAACAGAAAGGUGGCACAUGUUAUGCCAACGCAUCUGCUGCUGUUCUCCACCUGGCCAUGAAGCGCAUUCUGGGACGCCGUGGUGGAUACCCAGAUUUCUUCGACAUCCGCCACAAACUGAUUCAGAAGUAUGGUGAGCACGGUGCCAGCACAUUGCAAGUAUUACGAGAGGUGUGUCCCGAGUUUCGUCUGAGGUGCGAGAAGGUAGAUGUUCUUGGUGCCAUGAAGGCUGUUGCUGCCAAACGGCCAGCGAUCGCCAUAUUUCGGCUUACAGUCCCUGAGUGGAAGUCCUUCUCAGAAUUCUUUAAGAGAAACAAAGAUGGGGUACUUACUAAGUCUGAGAUUGACAUCAGCAAGCGUCCACAGAAUGCUGAGCAUACAGGCCAUGCUGUUGUCCUGACCAGUUACAACAGCGGUUGCUUAAGACUGAUGAACUCCUGGGGCAGCUGCUGGGCAGAUGGAGGCUUCUUCAGGGUGCGGAGUGCUGAUGUCCUUGGGCUGGAGUUUAUCGAUGUAUUCUGGACAUUGGAUGACUUGAAACAGGAAGAGAAAGAUGCAUACACUCGUGACGGUCCAGGGAUUGGCGCAAAACUGAUGUCAUCUCUGCAGGGGCUAAAGACGGCGAUGUACAGAUGCCCUCUCUGCUCUAAGGAGUCGAAGGUCGUGGACUUCUCUGGUCGACUGCUGCAGGCAAAAUGUCCGCAGUGUAAAGGAACCUUCAACACUCAUGAUGCUGAUGACGACCUGGUUAUGAACAUGUACUUGACGUCACUCUGUCAAUAAGUUUCCAUCGCUGAUCAGUCCCCCCAGGAUUUAGAUAGUUGCGGCCUAAAUUUCCUGAAGCUUUCCGAGAGCUUUUUCGAAAAAAUUCGAUGAAAGUUGCUAUUUUUUAGGUGUUUGGUUUAAACCGUGUUCUCUGCCUUGUCCCCCUAUCGUUCAGGCACAUAGAGUACAACGCUCGCCUUCUGUGUAGGAGUAACGUGUAUCUAUUUAGUGAUAAUACUUGUACCUGAAGUAGACUAACUAAACUGGUAAAUAAAUUAUAGAGAUGGAGCAGCAUAUUUCUUUCACCUUCCAUGUUCAUCUUGACAUUAUAGCUAUAGAGCGCAAGCUACCCCCACUGCCAUGGCAACUGAACAUCAUCGUAUCCAAAAAGCUCUGUGGACCCUGUCCACACUACUUCGCAAAACCACUGUAUAAUUCAACAAUAUGUGUUGCUUUAAUUGUGUGUGAGUAUGUGUGUGUGUGUGUUGCUUUAAUUGUACUUAAAAAUGCCAUGACUGCUUUAUUGUUUAAAUAUGUGAAUGGCGCACAUACUGUAUGCAAUCAAUCUGUAUAUAACUAAUCGAGGCAACACAUCUGUGUAUAACUAAUCUAGGCAACCAAUCCACAAUAACUAAUAUAGGCAAAAAAUGUGUGUAUACCUAAUCUACAUAACAAAUCUGUGUAUAACUAAUCUACACAAAACAAAUUGGUGUAUAACUAAUCUACACAACCAAUCUGUGUAUAACUAAUCUACACAACCAAUAUGUGUAUAAUAAAUCUACACAUCAAAUCUGUUUAUAACUAAUCUACGCAUCAAAUCUGUGUAUAACUAAUCUACACAUCCAAUCUGUGUAUAACUAAUUGUAGGAGUCGGCUGCAACACUUCUUUUAGCCUUGUUAUCUUGCCAAUUAAUACUGUAAGUGACAUUGCCAAUUUAAUACUGUAAGUGACCUUGCCAAUAAAUAUUGUAAGUGACCUUGCCAAUAAAUACUGUAAGUGACCUUGCCAAUAAAUACUGCACUGGUUA